AUGUCUUCGACGAUUGAUAUUGUUGCUUCACCUUCCCUCCACAAAGGCAACGCCUCGAACUCCCUCCUUCGUCGGGCAGCGCGAGCUGCCCUGGGUUCUCUCGAUUCGUUCUCGGAAUCCAUGAUCAUCAGCUUAUUGGGGCGGAUAUCUCGUGGUCAGCUGCGCAUUGUCACUCCAACAAAAACCUACAACUUUCCACUGGAGAACCCUCAGCCAAGUGCCAAUGGAACCUCAGACGACGCUUCGAGCAUGCAUGUGACGGUCACAGUGCGAAACAAUGCAUUCUGGACACGCGUUCUCACUACGUCCGACCUUGGAUUUGCAGAAGCCUAUAUGCUGUCCGAAAUCGACGUGGACGACCUGAGUGCCUUCUUCAAGUUAUUUAUGUAUAACCGCGACGAGCUGGAGCCUGUGUCAACGCUGAAAUCAUUGUUAUCGUAUAUUCCGACAUUCGGCUCUCGAAAGCUAUUGGACCUCACGGUCUCUUUGGCGAACGUAAGCAACGGGAAGGCCAACGUAUCAGCACAUUACAAUCUCUCCAAUCGCAUGUUCGAAGCAUUUCUCAGCCGUGACAGAACGUAUUCCUGCGGCUUGUUCGAAACAUUAGACGAGGAUCUAAUACAACCACCAAAAGACAAACCACUGCGGGGACUCGAAUCAUUGGAAAAAGCACAGCUUCGGAAAUUACGGCUGAACGUUAUCAAGGCAAACAUCCGUGACGGGGACAGAGUUCUAGAGGUCGGCAGCGGCUGGGGCUCAUUCUCCAUCUAUGCUGCCACUCUUUACAAGUGCACAGUCGACACCCUCACCCUGUCCGAAGAGCAAGCCGCCGUCGCUCGGGAACGCAUCGCACGGGCUGGCCUCCAAGACCGAGUACGGGUCCAUGUACUCGACUAUCGGAACAUACCAGCCGAAUGGAAUGGCCAAUUCGACCGGUUUGUUUCCAUCGAAAUGAUGGAGCAUGUUGGCGCAGAGUACAUGGAAACAUUCUGGCAGGUGGUUGAUCGGGCGCUCAAGAAAGACGGCGCUGGUUGUGUGGAGGUCAUCACCCUACCUGAAGCGCAGAUGAGUAGAUACCUAAAAGAUGUGGACUUCAUCAGGAAAUACAUCUUCCCAGGAGGGUUCCUACCCUCAGCCAAUAUGCUUCUCAACACCCUCAAUUCCGGCAGUCAAAGCCGCUUGAUCGUCAACUAUGUCUCGAAUAUCGGUCCCCAUUAUGCACGCACUCUUAGAGAAUGGCAGCGCAAGUUCCUGGCUAAUUUCGACAGCGUUAUUCUGCCCCAGUUGCAAGAGCAGUACAGCGUUUCGAACGAAGAAGUCGAGACGUUCAAGCGAAAGUGGGUUUAUUACUUCACAUUCUGUGAGGCCCUAUUCGCUACUCGGUCUAUCGGCUGUCAUGUCAUUUCUUUCACUCGCGAGGGCAACGUCGAGCUACCGUGUGAUGUUCGACUAGAGGAAGAAAUUGAAGAGAUGUCUUUUUGA